UACAGACAGUGCUGCUGUGAACAAGACCAGUGUCUUUUCCUUUGUCUGUGUAAUGGGGGAGAUCUCUAAAUGCGUCCGUCUUGGGGUGUUUUUCCUGCUAUUAUGUCCAGCGACGAUGCAGGCGAAUGAUGCUUGCAACGAUUUCAGCCCUGGAUAUUUUGGAUAUCACCGUGAUUAUUAUGGUUUGUUAUACGAGGAAUACCCGUACUACAACUCUAGAUACACAGAUCUCUAUCAAAAGUUUGAAGACGCUCUUGUUAACAAGAGCACACUGCUAGGAAAUCUGAGAGUUGGUUUCAUUAGUAAAGGAGACAUUCCAAUACAUUUCAGACUGAAACUUGAGCUGAUGAAUGGUACUAAUAUUAAUGUAAAAAUUACUCAGAAAAGUACACUACAUUUUGUCGUAAUGCAUCUUCUCCUGGAAGCCAUGGAUAUGUGUAUCCUUCUCAUAGGAUCACACUUUGGUAAUGAAAUUCAGUUCCCAGACUCUCAGUAGUUUGCAAGCAGAAGAGAAAAAACAAAGCAUUGAUUCUUCAAUUUCAUGGCUAUCUCUUAUUCAUGGAAACAUACUUGGGCUAUUUGGAACCUUAUGGUCAGUGGAUAAUUUUUGAUUUAAAUGGCCACAGAAGUGAUGUUUUAGUGACAUUAAGGAUGGACAAACUGGACUGUAAUCCAUCACUAAAUCUCACAAAAUGUGUUUUAACAGAACUUAUAAGUUGGAUCAUGGUGUAUUCAGAGUUUGGAACAAAACCACCGACUUGGGAUCAGAGUAGGAAGGGAACUGUCAACAUUAUCUAUGAUUAUGAUGGUACUUAUGACAAUGGUGAUAUUAUGGGUGAUAUGAAAUUUUUUGGGCAAAUGGACCAGUAUCAGUUUGUAAAUUUGAGUCUAACAGAGUUUGGUUUUGUAUCUCUGUCUCUGGCACUAGUGAUAGCAAAGUUCUUCCCAGCAGUCCACAACCAGAUAGUCUCCAGAGCAACACGACUGGAA